UCUCUCUCCCUCGCUCCGUCGUUCCUUUGUGUUUGACUCUCUCUCUCUCUCUCUCUACACCUGUCUCACUUUCUCUCUCCUCUUCAUCACUCUUUCUUAUCUUCCUCAUUUCUCAUUCAUACCUCAUCAUCAUAUAUCAUAAUAUAUCUUCUUCAUUGAAUGAAUGAAUGAAUGUGAUUCGUGAUCUCUUUCAGUUUUCUACAUAGAACUUUUCAUUUCUUUCUUCACUCUUCACAUUAAACCGACAAAUCAACCUUACCCAUCAUUUCUUUCAACUUUCAUCUUUCUAUUUUUAUAAUCCUUAAUUAGUUUAUUAAUUAAUAUUAUUAUUAUUAUGAGGCGGCAUAAAAGAGCGAAGAAAACAAACAUCAUAGACAUAAACAUGGCUGGAAGUAAUGAAGUCAACCUUAAUGAAUCUAAGAGUGUUGUUCCUCUCAAUACUUGGGUGCUUAUCUCCAAUUUCAAGCUUGCUUACAAUCUACUAAGACGCGCUGACGGAACAUUCAAUAGAGAGUUAGCUGAGUUUCUUGACCGCAAGGUCCCAGCCAAUACAAUUCCUGUAGAUGGAGUAUUCUCUUUCGAUCAUGUCGAUAGAAAUUCAGGACUUUUCAAUAGGGUUUAUCAACCUGCUCCAGAGAAUGUUACUACUUGGGGAAUUAUAGAGCUAGAAAAGCCCUUGAGCACAACAGAGAUUGUCCCUGUCAUAAUCUUCUUCCAUGGUGGAAGUUUCUCUCAUUCCUCAGCUAAUAGUGCUAUCUAUGACACUUUCUGCCGUCGCCUUGUGAGCAUGUGUAAGGCUGUUGUUGUUUCUGUAAACUACAGAAGAUCACCCGAGCAUCGGUAUCCGUGUGCUUAUGAAGAUGGUUGGAAUGCUCUAAAUUGGGUCAAAUCAAGGACAUGGCUUCAAAGUGGAAAGGACUCUAAGGUUUAUGCUUACAUGGCUGGUGAUAGUUCCGGAGGCAACAUUGCUCAUCACGUUGCGGUGAGAGCUGCCGAGGAAGAUGUUGAGGUACUAGGUAACAUUCUUCUCCAUCCACUCUUUGGCGGGGAGAAGCGAACAGAAUCGGAGAAGAAACUGGAUGGAAAGUAUUUUGUGAGGUUGCAAGAUCGCGAUUGGUAUUGGCGAGCUUUUCUACCUGAAGGGGAAGAUAGAGAUCAUCCUGCUUGUAAUCCAUUUGGUCCUAAAGGUAAAAGCCUUGUAGGACUCAAGUUCCCUAAAAGCCUUGUUUGUGUGGCUGGUUUGGAUCUUCUACAAGAUUGGCAAUUGGAAUAUGUGGAAGGUCUCGAGAAUUCUGACCAAGAUGUCAAACUUCUUUACCUAAAGGAAGCCACUAUUGGUUUCUACUUCCUGCCUAAUAACGAUCAUUUCUAUUGCCUCAUGAAUGAGAUAAACACCUUUGUGCAUCCUAACUGCUGAUAUACUGCUACUACCACUUAACCAUACAUGACUAAAAGCCUGACUUGUAUUUUUUAUGUCCCUACUUUAUAGUGGCGGUGUGUAGUUAUAAUAUUAUCAUGUAGCAUUACUUUCUGUUUUAACAUCUAUGGUGGUAAUCCGAGCUUUCUGUAACUGGUGUGAACCACUGCUUCCUGUUGUAUGCCUAUAUCUUUUGAAGGGGAGCAUCAGUCUUAGGCGUCUGAGGUAGGGUUUGGCUGUGCCGCCGUUUACAAGGCUUUCCCCAUUCCACUUGUUCGACCUCGGAAGCACGAGGGGAGAUACAAGAUAGGGCUUGGUUGAUGAUUAAUUUGAUUAUGUGAGUGUCUUUUAUGUUGUAUAACUAUUAUUAUAUAGAGUGGGGACUUUUGAGUAUAGCCCAUCCUAUUAUGAACUUUGUAUGUUAUAUAGUAAUAUAAAUAUCUUGUUUGGUUGGUUUUUAGUUA